CAUUUAUAACAAAGAUCACCGUAAGUAAACACGGCCAAUCGGUCUAGGUGCCGAUAUAGCCAAUACAUAACACACAGAACUCCGUUCCCGAUACUUUCGGUUUUUAUGACACUGAAAUCCGGACAAAUGUUUUAAUUUUUGAUUCGACAAUCAGGAAAAGCAGUUGUUUUGUUUCCCAAGAGAAGCUUUGCGUCUUCGGUACUGUACAGAUGGAGGAGUUAGUGGCUUGUAGGUGCCGGAAACCUGUUCGAUUUGUCUGACCACCACCCACCGCCCAGCCCGCAGCGUACGUUGACGGUUAGUCAUACAGUCACACACGGCGGCCAGCUGCAGCCAUCGGCACGGCCGAGUGUGUGAGACCAGACCGUGUUUAUUGUCGAUGAUUCAUUAUGUUCAGCAGUUGUUCAGCACCAUGUAAUUAGUUCUUCGCCUGUUGUUGGUGCAUGGAUGGUGGCAAAACAGUGUUUGGCUGUUUGUUGUGACACGCAAGGGGAAUAUUGUAAUUUUUAAUAAUGAAUUAGGUGUAGUUGAGUUGAUGAAAAACAUUGACUAACAACUGUGGACUGUGUAGUGCAACCCAAAUGAUCGAUUUUUAAGUCUGUGAUACUGCGAUGUCAACUUCAACUUCAACAACAGAAAUGUAUACAAUCUGAGACAAUGUCAACCAUGGCAGCAUUAGAGGAAUUCAUGUCCCACCCUCUGGUUGUGUGGGUGACGACAUUUAAAGAUGGCAGUUUGGAUUAUAUGGAUCUCGUGGAUGGCAUCUUCCUGAAUGAUGUCAUGGCCCAGAUCUUGCGAGGCCACGUCGUUAUGGGAAAAGUGUUUGUCAGUGACCCCAGGCCAAAUGCACUCAAGGUUAACCACGAGGUCAACGGAGAGGUCAACCUCAGGAUCCAGAACCUGGACACGCUGAUGAAAAAUAUCAAGGCCUUCUACCUGGACAUCUUAGACCAGCUGCUGGUGAUGAAGCUGCCCAACGUUCUGCUGAUCAGCAAGGACCCCAUGGGUGAGGUGGCCAUCGCUGAGAUGCAGAAGCUCCUGUUGCUCAUGCUGGGCUGUGCUGUCCAGUCCAGUCAGAAGGAGAUCUUCAUUGAGCGCAUCAAGCAGCUGGAGAUUGACGUCCAGCAUGCCAUAGUGGUGCACAUCCAAGAGAUUACAGACAACGCAGAGAACGUGGUGAAUCUGCAGCUGGGAGAACUGAUUGAUCAGGACCAACAGGACAACCUGUACAAGAACAUGUUCAGCCAUGUCAAGAGAUUAGUCAUGGAGAGAGAUGAUUAUGCUGAGACCAUUAUGGAACUGAGCCAAGAAAAGGAGAUCUACCAGGCGACCAUCGAGGGGCGUCGCAUCGUCCCCUCACCCACCAGCCCCGGCUCGGACCGGCGCCACAUCACGGUGGAGCUGGCGGAGAGCAAGGCCAAGCUGAGACGAACCCGGCAAGAGCUGGAGGAGAAGAACGAGAUGGUGCUGGAAUACAAAGAGGAAGUUGACAAGUAUAACCUGACGGUGCAGAAGCUCAGACAAGAGAACCUGGAGUUAUCCCAAGAUGCCCGAUCGGCGCGGUCGUACCGAGACGAGCUGGACGUGUGGAAGGAGAAGGCAUCCAAGGUGGAGAAAUAUGAGAAGGAGAUUGCCAGAUACCGGGAGAAACUCAAUGAGCUGGAGUAUCUCAAGAGACGAGUCGAGGAGCUGCGAGAAGACAACCAGCUCCUGCACGAGACCCGAGGGCUCCUGGAGGACCAACUGGAGGCUGCUCAACACAAGGUAGAGAAGGGACGGGAGGCGGAGGCCGAAUGCCUGAGGCUGCGGGCCCAGCUGGAAGCCAUGGAGGACGAGCGAGACUCAGACCGGACCAAGAUCCAGGAGCUGGUGGCAGAGGUGUCCAAGCUGCAGCUAGACCACAAGCAGAGCCUGGACGAGUCGGCCUCGCUUGGGGUAGAACUGGAGAAGGCCAAACACAGCUUGUCGCCACUUGGGAACUCAUUGUCUGCUGAGUGUAAUGAGUCAGCCUCUUCACGCAUCCUGAGACUUGAGAGAGAGAACCAGCGCCUUCUCCAAGAGAUUGAGAGCCUCAAAGAUGUAGCUUCUUUACAGAGUAACAGCCAACUCCUCGAGAUGGAGAAGGAGAACAAGCGACUAAGUCGCAAGGUGGACAUGCUGCAGCAGACAAGCAAAACGGACAUUCAGAACUCCCUGGAACUUGAACAGGAGAUCAACCGGCUUAAACGAGAAAAGCAGCAGCUGGAUGAGACCAUCAACACCGUCCGGGAGAACGCUGAGCGUCAGAGCAAAGAGUGGUCCAUGGAGAAGGGCCAGCUGGAGGAGACAGUGGAGAAGCUACGGGAACGCAACAAGAAGGAUAUCGACCAGCGUGUCCAGGACGUGGAGAAGGAAAACAAGAAGCUUGCUGAGGAGAAGCGGGAGUCCCAGAUGCAGAUCUCUAAAUUGGUGUAUGAAAACAAGCAGCUAGAUCGCUGCCAAGAGAAGCUGAAGGAGCACAGUGCCAGGGUGGAGACCCUUGAGCAGCAAAACACGGAGCUGGACUCGGAAAGGGACAAGCUGAACAGGAAUGUCCAGACGCUGAAACUAAUGUGCGAGAAGUUUGAUGAGGUGGAGAAGGCCAACUCAGUCCUGCAGAUUGAGAAGCAGCGGCUGGAGAAGUCGGUGGAGACACUGCGGGCCAAUUGCCAGAAACUGGAGCAGGCAGAAGGUGAGAACGUGCAGCUGAGGGCAGAGGCACAGAGGCUGCACCGGUCUCUUGAGUCGCUGCGGAAUGCCAUGUCUCGUGUCACUGAGCUGGAAUCUGAGAAGGAGGACCAAGACCGGAAAAACAGAAUCCUUCAGAAAUCACUGGAUGCCCUGAAACCCACGCAGGACAAGGCCACCCACUUGGAGGUGGACAACAUGAAACUGGAGACGGAGAAAAAGAAACUGGAAAGCAGCGUCCAGCUCUCCAAGAACAAAAUAGAAAAACUGGAGAAGGAAAACCAGGACAUGGACAGCGAGAUCGAGCAGCUUAAGAAGAAUCUGGAUGCCGCCAGCCUCAUUGCCAAGAAGGUGGAGGAGCUUGAAACCGAGCAGAAGACCUCAGAUACCGAGAAGAUGGGACUGGAGAAGGAACGCAGCCAGCUAAGCAAAGAGAACAAGAGGCUGAGGCAGUCACUGGAAUCCAGAGAGCGGCUUGUAGACGAAGCCAACGCACGUGUCCACACCCUGGAACAAGAGAAUCGGCAGCUGCAGAAGGCCAUCAAUAAGAACAAGGAAGCCAGCGAGAAGCUGAAGGAGCUAGAGAAAGACAACAAGGAGUUCCUGAAGCAAGCCACAAUAGACAAGAAGACACUCGCAACCUUGAGGGAGGAGCUGGUCAAUGAAAAGAUCAAGGGGCAGCAGCUGAGCAACGAUCUGGAAAAGCUGAGCACGGAGCUGGACAAGAUUGGACUGGACAAGAACAAGCUAUUGCACGAAGAAGUUCGGUUGGAUGAGACACGUUACAAGACUCUCCAAAACAAGAUGGAGGAUGCCUUCCAGAAGAACCUACAGAUCAAAGAGGAACGAAUUACUGCCUUAGAGACCAAGUUGCAGUUGUCUGAGAGUCAGAAACAAAAACUAACUGUGGAGUUGAAGGAACGAGGAGUCCAGGAGGUGUUGGUUCAGCGGCAGGAAGAACAGAGGACUAUGUCCAGCCCUGGAGACGCCAAAGUCAAGAGGACGGAUAGUGAUCGCCUGCAUUCCAAGCAGAUUAUGCAAAUGAAGGACCACCUUGUCGAGUUGGAACGAUCUAAUGCCACCCUCCUUGCCGAGAACAAUAGCCUCAAGACCCAGCUCGCUAGCUUACAGAGCCAGGUGGACUCCCUCCGCUCAGAGAACAAAGCUCUGCAGAACAAGGUGGAGUCGGUCCAGGAGAAGCAAAUCUCCAUGCAGUCGCAGCAGGCCAAGCUACAGGUGGAGAACAGCACACUGCAGUCCCACAACGCCUCCCUGCAGUCGCAGUACACCGCCAUGCAGGCCAAGCUGACAUCCCACGAGUCCGACUACGAGAAGGUCAAGGAGCGGCUCAACGAGCUGCUGACCAACUACGAGGCACUGCUGGGCGACCACGAGACUUUAGUCCAGCUGCACGACACACUGAGUAGCGAGUACGAAGCCCUGACGUCCGAACACAAGUCCCUUAAGACCCUACACAGGGAGAUGAAGAAUGAGAUAGGGGAUCUUCGUAACCGCUGCCGGGACGCUGAGAUGCAGUCUAAGGAAGUUGAGCGCCUCCAGUCAUCGGUUCGGGAAGAAGAGAAGAAAGUGAAGAGGAUGCGGACGGACAACCUGUCCAUGAGCUCCCUGCAGCUAGAGUUUAACUCGCUGUCGCACGCACAUCUCCGACUCAACCAAGAGUACAAGGAGGUGGAGGAUGAACUCAAGAAACUGAAAGCUCAACACAGGAACCUUCAGUUGGACUACACCUCCCUGCAGGGCUACCUGAAUGAGGUCAAGGACAAGUGUACAUCAGCUGAGAUGGACAGCUUGAAGCUCAACCAUCGCUGUGAGAUGCUUAACCAGCUUAACAGCAAGCUGGAAGAGGAGAACCAUAAACUCAUGGAGCAACUGAGCCAACUUCUUGCCCAGAACUCGGAGAUGCUGGUGGAUGCCCUGGAGACUAAGGAAUUUCACCACGAAGAGCAGCAUGUCUUAGAAGAGCAGCUGCACAACCUCCGGAGGCAAAAGGAGAAACUUGAGGAAAAGAUCAUGGAUCAGUAUAAGCACUACACACCUCCAAAGAAAUCCAAGGGGCUGAAUCUUAACUUCAUGAAGAAGAUUUACAAGCGAGGGCGCUCGACGGACCGAGACCGUCGUAAGAAGACACAGGAGCUACACCAGGACCCAGCAGAUGGACUGAGCGGGGCAGAGAAGGACAGCCUAGGGGAGACAUCCUCAGCCGGCUCAGGGAUUGACUCGCUGGAUGGAUCAGCUGCUCUGAACCCCGACGGAACACGAAGGACCGACGAGAGACGUGGUAGUGACGACAACCACCCUGUGCUUCACAGGAAGCGAGAGACCUCAGGAACGCAGGGUCACUACAGGAAAUCCAUGCCAGCUCAUGUACUGGAAGCUCAUGAGGACCCCAACAUGGCUAGUAGAGGUGGAUAUAGCAUGUCCGUGGAGGACCUUAGACGAAGCAAGGAAACUCGUAGUCAUAGUGUCUCAUCCAUGGAACCCAAGCACCAAAUCUACACCUCCUCGCUCAGAAAAGUUCGUCGCCGGAGUAUGUACGAUUACGACCAGCCAGCCAGCUUAUCGCCCAUUUCGUAUGGAUACCGCCACUCCCAAACGUCCUCUGAUGUCCAGCCUAAGGACAUGAAGGAGGUGGAAGGGGAGGAGUUUCCAACAUCUCCCACCUGCCACUCCCCGACUGACACGCCCCCUCAUCCCUUGCUCCUCCCCUCCCCUGCCUCCCCUGGCCAACCCACCGGUACGUCACCACAUUCUGGGGAUGACAACAACACAAGCUGUGAUGAGGAUUCCCAUGCACUGCGUGAUUCGCCGCGGGGCUCCCCGCGUGAUGGAUUACCGCCGUCUGGCCGCUCAGCCAAGAAACGCGCAGCGAUGCUGUCCCGCAUCAAGAGCCGGUCCCGCGAGAUCCUGGACGACAUGAAGAUGUAUGGCUCUACGCCCAACCUGGCCCGGGACUUCUCCUUCACCGAGGAGGACUCGCCCCGCUCAGCCGACGCCGACAGUCCCCGCAGCGACAAAUACAACAGGACUGCCAACGGUGAGGAGAGUUCCAGGCUACCGUUGCCCGAUGCUGAACCUUCGUCUCCACAUGACAAGAUGGAAACUGAAGAUGUCAUCACUCCGAUGCGACAAACUGGCGAAUUGCAAGCUACCCCGCCCCAAGCCUCAGAAAGAAGGCGCGGUAUGACAGCAGAACGCAACCGGCAUCACCGAUACAGCAUGCCGGAUGCCCCCAAGCUUGUAGCUUUGGCUCAAGAGUUUAGCCAUUCCCCACCCGCUCCGCUUUCAACAAGUGCCAAUAGCAAAGGAGCUCCCCUCGCAUCACCUGUGUAUUCAGCCAGACCCUACCCAGGCAGAACCGAAGCCGUGGUUGAGUCCUCACCGAUACCCCCACCUAGGAGUGCUAGUGCUCACAAAAUUCACAAGCCUAAGGCGCAGUACCCUUCUGAGGGUUCCCCUGCUGCUUCAAGAGAGGCAUCCCAGAAGGAGCACACUCCUGAACACCACCGAGCAGGCAAAACCAGCACCCCAGAGACAAGGUACCGAUCCAGCAGCUCCCGCUCCCCAGAAGCCAAAACGAACAAACCCCCGAUGGCCGUGGUCUCACCCAAUGCCAACAGUAAUUCUAAUAACGCCCCCCUGGGCUGGGCCGUGCCAUCCUUUGACGAGGGGGAGACCAGAGAUCGGUCGGUGUCGGAGCCAUCCAAAAUGAAAUCCAAGACUGGGACGCCGACAAAGACUGAGCAGAGUCCAGCACCAGAGGAGGAUCAAAAUGGAGAGAACAAAAGUGGAAAGAAAAAAUCCUCCGUGUGGUACGAGUAUGGCUGUGUCUAGCAAAUAUGAAUGUAUAUAAAUGUGGUCUUCUGAAGAAAAAAAACAUACAUCUCAUGCAAUAUAUUGUCAAGAAAUAUUUGUGUGAUUGUUGUCUGUUGAUUGAACAAGUUUGUGUGGCAUUUUUAGAGUAUUAUUGUCCUCACUAGCCAUCUGGUAUUACAUUAGCUUAAAAACCUCAAUGACAUUGUCAUGUUUACAAUAAAUAAUUGUGCUUGAUGUUCAAGAAAUGUUCUGUACAAUGUAAUGUAUGUCACAGUCUUACUGAAGAGUUCUGAAAUUGCACAUUUGCAUUUUCUUUUCAAACUGGAGUGAUAACUGAUAAUUAAAGCACUUGUACAGUCAAGUACUUUGGCUUAUAUGGUUUGAAUGUGGUUUGCAGAGUCAGUAUUUCUGUAUACAUUGCUACACUGUACUAUCUUGUAAAAUUGGAAUGUUGUCAUAAAAAGAAGGAUAACUUUGCGAGUGGGCUGCCAUACGUUCCAAUGCAGUACAUGUAUUGACAAAAAUGUGAAUGAUGUAGAUUACAUGUAUGUCAAAGAACAACAACCUGUUAGUGGGUGGGAAAAGGCGAAUAAAGUCAUCGUACAAGCUAUUUAUUUCAAUUGGUGGAUCCUAACCGUGUUCAUAUUGGUUCUUUGUGAGCAUGCGUAAAUUGUAAGCAUUUUACAUCAGUGUGUUUCGUUGAACUGUUCAGCAGAAAAUAACCCUCGGGAAAUUUUUUGUACUAAACAGGUACAGUAUCUGCUGAAAACCAGAUACAAAAGCGGCAUAUAUUGCAAAACAUUUCCGUUGGUCGCCUUUUUUGGCUAAGCAAAUAUUUUCAGCGCUUAAUGAAUUUGCACUUAAUAUAGCUUCAUGAAAGUAGCCUCUUUUCUACCGCAGAAUCCAUGAUACCCAGAGAUGCUUUUUGGAAUUUAAUUCCUUGUGACCUUGUGAAGUAAAUAUCUGGUGGCCUUAGUCUGAAUGUUCCAUAAACGCAUUUAUAUCUCAAAUCCUGUCGUGGUCGAUUUGUAACAUUUGUAACAACCAAAGUGUUUUUAAUAUGCAAAAGUCAGAAAUUCGGUGUUAACAAAUUGUGUCUUAUUACUCAUGGGUGCUUUAGUGCAUGAACAGUAUCGUAUUGAUUGGCAGCUUGACAAAUGUAAAAAAAAAAAAAAUGAAAUGCUCAACCUUUUAAUAAGAUUUAUCAAGUCAUCAAUUCGUGGAAUAGUCAGUUUGUAUUCGUGGUUGUGUAGAGUUGUGGCAUUUUUGAAUUUUAAGCAGUUUGCUUAGAGGCACAACACAACUUUUCCUCUAAUGAACCAUUGCUUAAAAGUUUCAAAGCUUUUGAGUCUCUUUGUACAUAAUAUUGUGGUGCAUUUCAGAAACUCAAACUCACACACGAAGAAUCAAAUGAACGUGCCCCCUAAUUGGUCUUUAUAAAAUGGGAAUUCUUUAAGUUUAUAAACGUGAAUGUAUUUAUUUCAAAUCUUUUAAGGGAAGAGGAUUAUCACAAGUCCUGUUGGUCAGUUCACUGUAAUACACGUUAAUUUUUACUUUGAAGUUUUGCAAUUAAUAUUAAUAAAUAACCUUAUUUUGUACAGAAAUAGAAUGAACAUGCAGAAAUCACUUUGACGGUUAGGACAUUAUAUGUAUUUGCAUCAGAUAUUAAAAGUUUUAAAAGUUCAGAGCUUCACAAUGUUGUAACUGUCUUUCCAUAA